AUGGCAGACUUGAGCCUUCUUUUCUAUGUAUUCCUCACCGGUUUAGAAAUCGAAGUUUCCGCGUUCUUGCGAGUGGGAAAAAAAAUAAUGGGUAUCGCUGUGACAGGAAUUCUAAUCCCAAUGGGGAUAGGAAUAGGCCUGUUUUUUCUACUGCAAAAGUGCGCACACAAUCCCGCAACAACCGAGGGUUGCAUGUUCUGGGCAGUCGCACUCACCAUCACUGGCUUCCCGGUGCUCACACGAAUUCUGGCAGACCUCAAGCUCCUCCACUCAGAUAUAGGGAGAAUCGCCAUGUCUGUGGCAAUGCUCAACGACAUGUAUGCUUGGGUUUUUAUUGCAGUCUUGGUACCAGUAGGAGUCAGCCUCAAAACUGCUCCGUACUCGAUAAUUGCCAUAAUUUUCUUCACAUUAAUAUGCUUGUACGUGGUCCGUCCUACCAUUGAAAGGAUAAUUCACCACCACAGUUCAGACAAGGAACACUACAAUGAGUACUAUCCAUGUUUUAUGCUCAUCGGGGCAAUUAUCUGCGGAUGCAUCACCGAUGCAAUUGGUGCACACUCUAUUGUGGGAGCUUUUGUGUUUGGGCUUAGCAUUCCAAAAGGCGAUUUGGUGGAAGAGCUUUUAGAUAGGCUAGAUUGUUUUGUUCCGGGGAUAAUGUUGCCGAUUUUCUUUGCGAGUUGUGGGAUGAGAAUUGAUUUCACUAAGAUUGCAGAUAGCUCAUCAUGGUUCUUGGUGCUUCUUGUGAUAUGCUUCGCUUGCAUGGCUAAGAUUUUGAGCUCUCUGAUUGUUUGCUUUUUCUUUGAUAUGCGACUUCGAGAUGGUGUGGCUCUUGGAUUACUUAUGAAUACCAAAGGCAUAUUGUCCCUCGUUAUCCUUAAUGUUGGGUGGGACAAAAAGAUUUUGAACGACCAGUACUACGCUGUGAUGGUGGUUGCAAUCCUAGUAAUGACGAGUGCCGUGACGCCAAUCAUGUCUUUCGUCUAUAGGCCCAUAUCAAAGGGUCCGAAUAUUUAUGGGCUCAGAACUGUACAGAGAUCAAAUCCUGACACGGAACUCCGAGUCCUCUCUUGUGUCCAUACAACGCGAAAUGUAUCGGGUAUGGUCAGCCUCCUUGACGUCUCCCAUCCCACCAGACUAUCUCCUAUGACCGUCUUCGCCCUUCACCUCGUUGAGCUCACAGGCCGCUCCUCCGCCAUGCUUAUUGUCCAUUCUACACCCAGAUCCACUGCCCAUAACCCCAGCCGCGCCCAGGCCGACUCUAACCUCAUCAUCAAUGCCUUUGAAGCGUUUGAGAAUGACAACCACCUGGUCACCGUCCAACCGCUCACCGCCAUGUCACCGUAUGGUACAAUGCACGAAGAUAUUUGUAGCUUGGCCGAGGAUAAGCGGGUUGCGUUGAUUCUCCUCCCGUUUCACAAGCACCUCACAGUUGAUGGGCGAAUGGAGGACGAGAAUGCCGAUUAUAGAGCCAUAAAUCUUAACGUUUUGGCUCAUGCACCGUGUUCCGUGGGACUCUUUGUCGAUCGUGGAUUAGCGGGAGCUGUGCGUUCCGGCGGGCCUAAUGAUAUUGUUAUGUGCCACUUUGCCAUGCUCUUCAUUGGUGGCCCUGACGACCUCGAGGCACUAGCUUAUGCAUGUAGAAUGGUGGGGGACCCCCGAAUAAGCCUGACAGUGGUGCGGUUCCUUCCAGGCAAGAACGUAGUGAAAAUGGAGUCGGAAACAAAUAUCAGUGAAGGUGAGGAGAGACAAACAACGAUUGACGAGAACUAUAUAAAUGAGUUUAGGCUCAAGACGGUAGACAAGAAGUCAGUAAUGUAUAUAGAAAAGAUCGUGAACAAUGGGGAGGAGACGGUGUCCGCCAUAAGUGCAAUGGAUAAUAGUUAUGAUUUAUAUAUAGUGGGAAAAGGGACAGAAACGAUGUCACCGCUAACGUUGGGGCUAUCAGAAUGGAGCGAGAAUCCGGAGCUAGGGGCAAUUGGGGAUGUAUUAGUGUCGUCGAGCUUUGCCUUAAAUUCCUCUGUUCUAGUGGUGCAGAAGUAUGGUUCUGGGGAUCAUCAAAAUGGAGGCACAUUGCCCUCGUACGGCACAUCUAGGGGAGAGCAUUUCAGUAGUAUUCGGCAACGUGUGAUGGGUGGUUUAAUUUGA